UUGGGUUUCCUCAGAAAAAAAAAAGAGCAGAGAGAGAGAUCGUGUUGGAAACAAAUUGGGAAGGGAAGGCGACGAACCCUAACCGCAUCAAUCUCUUCCCCGGCGGCGCAAUCGGAAUCGGAGGCGUGCUCGCUUAAGGCUAAUAUAAUCUCCCCCGUCCCUCUCCCUCGUAGGACUUACUGUAGAUUAGAAGAAGAAAGACAGGCGAAGCGGCGGAAUCAAUCGGCGACGGCGACUGCGAUGGCGAUGGCAGCGGCGUCCCUUGGAAGCGCGGCAUCCAGGAUCGGCGGGCGCGCGCUCCAGCGGGCAGCGGGGCAAGCCCGGCUUCUCUUCACCAGGGCCAGGACACUCACAGCUGCUGAGCAAAAAUACGCCGCCGCUCGACUGUCUAACAUCCAACUGAAGAAGGAGCAGCUCUACGAUCUCAUCGCCGAGUGUGAAAAAAAGUACCCCAAGUCAGCCCCACGCAAUGUUAAACUGCUCCAGCAAAUCUCUGAGCAAGUCGAAUCUAGACGCGGUGACCCCAUCUGGCGCUCGUGUCGGCGAUGGGCGCUCGCCAACUUUUGCAACGAACUUGCGGGCACACUCUUCCUUGGCACUUUGACCGCAAAUGCCAUGACUUACUCCUAUCAGAAGAUGUAUCCAAGAGAGGGGAACAAUGACCAGAAGAUGGACCUGGAUGAAGGCCUCAAGAGUGUGUUGCCAAGUUAAACAAACGAGACUUGUAUCAACUCAACUAUAGCAGUGCUAGCUUGUCCCAAUCUUCCAACCUGAUGCUACCUCGUUUCUGAUUAUCUAGUCUGUCUGUACUAGUAGUAUAACUCGUGUAUGAUGUUACUGAUUCUGCGUUUCGACUAUGCAAUGAUCUCUGAUUAUGCUUUGUAAGAUCUAA